CAUCCAAUAACCCAUAGAGAAGCAAUAUGUCAAACAUGAAGAUGGUAACAUGUUCUGUCCUGCUCCUAGUAGCCAUGCUUUCUGCAGGAGCCAAAGCUCAAUCAGGUUGCACUAAUGUAUUAAUCAGCAUGUCACCAUGCCGCAACUACAUCACGGGAAACUUAUCGACCCCGUCCCGACAAUGUUGCUCGCAGCUCGCAAGCGUCGUCCGUUCAUCCCCACAAUGCUUGUGCGAGGUUCUUAAUGGCAGAGGUUCAUCGCUCGGGAUCACCAUCAACCGGACUCAAGCUUUGGCCUUACCUGGUUCAUGCAAUGUUCAAACUCCACCUAUCAGCAGCUGUAAUGCCGCUUCUCCGAUGCCGGCAGACGCUCCAGUUGGAUCACCGGAAUCUGAGAGCAUAGUCCCUACAGAAGGUGGAUCUAAAACUGUGCCAUCCCGAGAGGAAGAUGGAUCAUCAUCGAAUGGAAGCGCGGCCACCGCCAUCACCACCACCACCAAAUUGUCAUUCUCUUUGCUGCUUGUGGUGGCGGCCACAUUCAUACGGUAG